CGUGGCUCCGUUAGCAUCCAGAGCUAGCGGACUGGUUGGGGAGCACGGUGUGGAGGAAGGCGUCCUGCGCACUGUAGGCAGAAAGAUAUCGGCGUCUUCAAUUAUCCCCAGCUAAUCCUUGAGCAAACCAUUAUCCCUCCAUGCUGUCCGAGAAAGGAAGAUAACGGUAAUAACCCCUGCACUGCCACCAAAAUUAGCCACCGUGCAAGACAGAUUAAGGGAAACUGCGUUUUGCGUGAGGAGUCUUCCUUUAAACCAGAAUAGGUUUCCCUUUCGGAAUAUUGAAAAAAUAGCUUCAACCUCGACCAACGUGACUUCUUGUGAGAAUGAGGUUACCGACUAACAGACACUGUACGGUGGAAGGAGAUGGGAAGAAGAUGGACCAAGCGCCUCCGUUCAGAAACCCUUUUGUGCACGUCUUGAAAUUCACCCCUCUGGAAAAGGCAAAGAUUGCAUUAAUGACAGUCACACUGUUCCCCAUCCGUCUACUCAUAGCUGCAUUCAUGAUGCUGCUGGCUUGGCCUUUUGCCUUCCUGGCCUCAGUAGGGCGCUCAGAGACCACCGUCGAACCCCAGUGCCUCUGGAGAAGACUGGUGGACAUAAUUCUGAAGAUCAUCAUGCGGGUCAUGUGGUUUGCGGGGGGUUUCCAUUGGAUGACUGUGAAAGGACGAAGGGCGUUACCUGCAGAAGCACCCAUCCUCACCCUGGCACCCCACUCAUCUUACUUUGAUGCCAUCCCAGUCACAAUGACAAUGGCCUCAAUUGUCAUGAAGGCCGAGAGCAAGGAUAUACCUCUCUGGGGCACUUUGAUUAAGUACAUCAGGCCAGUGUUUGUAUCACGGUCAGACCAGGACUCCAGAAAAAAGACUGUGGAAGAGAUCAAACGCAGAGCCCACUCUGGAGGGGAAUGGCCUCAGAUUAUGAUUUUUCCAGAGGGAACAUGCACCAAUAGAUCCUGCCUAAUCACCUUUAAGCCAGGGGCCUUCAUCCCAGCUGUACCAGUGCAGCCUGUGGUGAUACGUUACCCUAACAAACUGGACUCGAUCACAUGGACGUGGCAAGGGCCUGGAGCGUUUGAAAUCUUGUGGCUGACACUCUGCCAGUUGCACAACGAGUUUGUGGUCGAGUUCCUUCCCAUCUAUACGCCCUCAGAGGAGGAGAAAAAGAACCCUGCUCUCUUUGCUAUCAACGUGAGGCGCGUCAUGGCUAAAGCCCUGGGGGUACCCAUCACAGACUACUCAUUUGAAGACUGCCAGCUGGCCAUGGCAGAAGGCCAGCUGAGACUGCCAGUCGACACCUGUCUGCUGGAGUUUGCCAAGCUCGUCAGGAGACUCGGGCUGAAACCCCGCAACACUGAAAAGGUUCUGCAGGACUAUGGGAACAGAGCCAGGAAGCUGGAAGGUCAAAAGCUGGACUUGGAUGACUUUGCUCAGUUCCUUGAUGUGCCAGUGUCGGAGAUGCUGCGAGACAUGUUCGCUCUUUUUGAUGAGCAUGAAGAUAACUGCAUGGAUAUCAGAGAAUACGUGAUAGCCUUAUCUGUCGUAUGCAGACCUGCCAAAACUCUGGAAACGAUGAAAUUGGCCUUCAAGAUGUUUGAGGCCGAGGAGGACGGUGCCAUCACGGAGAUGGAGUUGGCAGUUAUCCUGAAGACGGCUUUAGGAGUGACUCACCUCAGUGUGUCACGUCUGUUUACCGCCAUCGAUCCUGAAGACACGGGGAAGAUCACAUUUGAUAAGUUCAGAUGCUUUGUGGAGCAGCACCCAGACUUUGCUGAGGAGUACCUGUACGCAGAAAAUGCAGGCCUCCAGAGCGGCCCCUGCCACAGUCACCAAACAAAGCCCAGCCCGUCUUCCCAGGACCUGCAAGGCACUGCCAUCACCAAAACAGCUAAUGGUAUCUGCCCCGACUUCAGCCCCAAUGACCGUGGCGGCACAAUAGAUGGACUUCUCAAGAAACACAACUAAAAGGGUUAAAAAUUGUAGUGGGAGGAAACAAACACCUCUCCUGGUGAGAGCGUGUUGUGUGGGCGACAGAGGGUAGUUGUAAGUAACUUGUUUGAACAGUAAGGGACUACAUUUAAGUAACCACAACUACAAAAAUGAAGACGUUUACCGUACCCUUUUUUAUUAGUAUUGUGUCCAUGAAAUUUCUGAUGUUAUUUUCAGCCUAGUAACAAGUUUAUUUUGUUAUUAAUUCCUUUUUUUUUGUUAAUUUUUUCAUAGCAAGGAUCGUCAAAAUGCCAAAUCAUGGCUGUUUCAGAAACAAUGCUUGAAUACUCGAAGGGCAAGCACUUCUAAAAGUUCCUGGGGCGAAUUUAAUUUCUUUUAUUUUCUCCUCAACAUAGUGCUAACUGUGCAUGUUUUCAACAUGAGGUAAGCAAGAAAAAAGGCAAGCCCUGGACAGUGAGGUGAACUAAUUUUAAGUGUAAUCAGUGUUGGAUUCUCUUUUAUUUGUAACUUUUAUUUGUUUCCUCUCUUUAAUGGUAGCUGCCUUUUUAUCUGAAAGUGCAGAAUGCAUGGGCUCACGUUAUUUUGAGCAGUUGAGGAUUAUUUAUCUAUAGAAGGGAGGCCUGGAGGUACCAGUGACAAUUGUGUGACUACUUGAAGUGCUGAACUACAGUAGCCACAUUUUGAGGUGAACUCAGGUCUCUGUGAAUUGACAGUCAUAAUUGCUAUGAGCCUGUUACAUAUACAGUGAUAUUUGAUUUAGCUCAGGGUUCAGUGACAAAAAUGAAAAAUUUAACUCGUAUGAUGUCAUCAUUUUUGACGCUCACUGGGUUACGUGCAUGUUUUUGUUUUUUACAACAUCAGUACUCUUCUGCCCAGUCAUUCCUCAUUCACAUUAACGUCACAGAUUUCUUUCAGGUUGGCAAAUUCAAGUGUCUUUUUUUUAUUGUUGAAAUUACACAACGUGGACCAAAAAUGCAUUGGGUGAUUUAAUGUCACCUGUCAUGUUUGUACUGUCCUUUUCAGUUAGUGGUGUAACGACUGUAAAGGCCGGGUGGAUUCACAAUGUGUGGCCAGUGAAAGCACAUUCAGUCAGGUGGCUUUGUUGGGUAUUCUAAAGGUGAGGUCACACUGCUUCCCUCUCUGUCUUACACCGCUACAUUGUCAUUCAUUCCUACCAUUUUCACAGCAUAUCCUCAGUCUUUCUACUCCUACUGUUUAGAUGUUAAAGGAUGUAAUAAUCCGACAUUGGCCCCUUGGUCAAAUUUUUUUUUUUUUUUUUUUUUUUUCUAAUUGUGGACAAACUGGCACACAGAAUUGUCACUGAUUGUGAUUUGAUUACUUCUCAGUUAACUGACAUGCAGCCAGUGGCCAUAUAGUGUGUCUAUAAUCACAGGCUGGAUGGGCCUAUUAUAACUAUUUAAUAUUACAAAUUUUAUCUCUAAUUGGGCAAACAGUGGAGCUGUUCAUUAAUCUUAAGUGGUUUUUAAAUAAUUACCCUGAUUCCAAAGAAGUUCAGACGCUGUGGAAAAGGUUAAUAAAAACACAAUGCAAUGAUUUGCAGAGCCUUUUAGAUGUACAGUGGGGGAAAUAAGUAUUCAGCAUGUUUUUUUUUUCUUAUUAAAACAAAGUUCCAUUGCAGCUGUUCACAUGAAAUUUUGACCAGCCAUUAGUAUUACUUCAAUCAAUCUACACUGAUUUCAGAAAUAUUAACAUUUCAAUCCAUAAAAAUGAUGUGCAAUAAAGUAGAAUGACAAAGGGGAAAAAGUAUUGAACACAGCAACUAAAAUUUGUUGUGAUUUAGAGAGUCCCUUGUUUGCAACAAUGACACCAAUCUCUGUGUUUCGAUGGGAUUUUGGACCAUUCUUCCACACAGACAGUCUUAAAAUCUUUAAGAUUCAAGGGCGCCUGCAUGUGAAACUUGAGGAAGACAUGCCACUUUCAAAGCGUGAACAUCCUCUGUUCCCAAAUAGAGAGUGUUGUAAAGAAAAGGUGAUGUAACACCGGUCCAAAUUUUUUGGAACGUGCUGAAGGCAUUAAAUUCAGAAUGUGUAUAUAUUAACAAAAUCUUUAGAGGUUAUUUUUUUGAACAUUAAAUAUCUU